AUGGGCAAACUAAUGAGACUCGAACUCUUCAACUUCAAAUCGUACAAAGGCCAUCAUGUUCUCCUUUUUGGCGACGCCUACUUCACCUCAAUUAUCGGUCCAAAUGGCUCGGGAAAGUCGAACUCCAUGGACGCAAUAUCUUUCGUGCUUGGUAUAAAGUCCUCCCACUUGCGAUCCACCCACCUCAGAGAACUCGUUUACCGCGGCCGAGUCCUGCGAAAAUCCACCGCAAACGGCGAGCAGGAGACAAAUGGUAGUCAAGAGCAUGAUGAUGAGGAAGGAAGUCAAGCGAACGGCACUCAGGGUCGUAAUGACCCGAAAGCCGCUUGGGUGAUGGCUGUGUAUGAAGACGACGCAGGCAUUGAACAAAAGUGGAAACGCACAAUCACCAAUCAAGGAGUCUCCGAAUACCGAUUAAACGAUGAGGUGGUGACCGCGCAGCAGUACAAUGAGGCCUUGGAAGAAGAGAACAUCCUGAUCAAGGCGCGUAACUUCCUCGUCUUUCAGGGUGAUGUUGAAGCCAUUGCGAUACAAAAGCCUCAAGAUCUGACAAAAUUGAUCGAGCAAGUUUCCGGCAGUCUUGAGUACAAAGCAGACUAUGAUAAGCUCAAGGCCGAAUUAGACGAAGCCGCGGAGCAACAAGCCUUCCAGCUGAAUCGCCGUCGUGGCAUCAACUCUGAGAUCAGACAGUACCAAGAACAGAAGAGAGAGGCAGACAAUUUUCAGAAAAAAGCUUCGGAGCGUGAUGAGGCGAUUGUGACUCACGUGCUGUGGAAACUGUACCAUCUUCAACGGCAGAUUGAAGAGUCAAGUGCCGAAAUUCAGAAACACCAGAGCGACCUGAAGGAUUUUCGACGAGGUAUUGAGAAGUAUGAACGUAACCUUGAGUCUGCAAAGAAAGAUCAUGCGCAAGCGGCCCGUGGCGUUGGCAAGGUAGAAAAGGCCAUCAAGGCCAAAGAAAAAGAAAUUGAGGACAAAACCUCGUCUCUGGUGCCCAUCGAUGAGCAGAUCUCGGUCUCGAACAAACAACUUACGAAGUACGCCAAUCGUGUCAACUCUAUCCAGGCGGAGCGGAACGCGCAGGCGUCGACAGUUGCACAAUUGGAGAAGGAUCUGGCCAGGGUGGAGAAAGCGCAAGCAUUGUGGCAGCAACAAUGGGAGCAGAACGCCAGCCGCUUAGGUGGGCAACUGAGCGAUGCCGAUCUCCAACAAUAUACUCGACUCAGAGAGGAACUCAACAGGCGCGCUUCGGCCGAUCUCAGCCGAAUUGAGCGACUCAAAAGUGAGAGAGCUCCCAUCGAAGCGACAUACAACAACCUCAAGAACAGUGUGAACAGCACUGAGUACCGACUCCAGUCCCUCGAGAACGAAUACAAAACCUUGAGUGAACGCAGAGACACCAUCAAGGAGGUAGUGACGAACACACAAACUGAGAUAGAUGGAAAGAAGAAAGAGCUUCACGCAGCCACUUCAAGACGACUACAGGCUGCACGAACUCGAACUGAACUUGACGAAAAGUUGGCCGAAGUUGCUCGGAAGCUACUCGAAGCAGACGACGGCCGCCGAACAAGUGAAAAGGAGUUGAGAAUGAAGGAGACUAUUGCCAUGCUUAAGCGCACAUAUCCUGGCGUCAAAGGUCGUGUACACGAGCUCUGCAAACCAAAGCAGAAAAAGUAUCAAGAAGCUGUUAGCACUGUUCUUGGUCGACACUUUGAUGCCGUUGUUGUCGACACCGAGGCCACGGCGAAACAAUGCAUCGAAUACCUCCGGGAUCAUCGAUCAGGACAAGCUACGUUUAUUCCAUUGGACACGAUUCAGGUCAAGGCCCUCAACUCUAACUUGAAAGGUAUGCACCGUGGGAUGCGACCUGCUAUCGAGACGGUGGACUAUGAUCAAUCAGUCGCUCGUGCCAUUUCCUUCGCCUGUGGCAAUGCGAUUGUAUGUGAUGACCUCAACAUCGCCAAGGAAUUAUGCUAUGCCCGCCAUGUUGAUGCGAAAGCUGUCACCUUAGAUGGCAGCGUUAUCCACAAAGGCGGUCUCAUGACGGGAGGUCGAGGUCGAGAACAAAACACCCGCAGAUGGGACGAUGCCGAAGUUGAGAGAUUGAACAAACUCAAGGAUAAAUUAAUGGACGAAUUCGCGGCAUUGCCGCAAGAACGAAGCCGUGUUGCGGAGGAGCAGACCCUUCAGACCGAACUCAGUGGCCUGGAAGGUCGACUACGCUUUGCUAAGGAAGAACUUGAUGCCUUGACCAAGAAUCUGCAGAGCAAGAAGAGAGAAAUCGAUCAUGUGAAGCAACAGCUCAAUGAGGAGCGCCCGAAGAUGCUUGCCGAGCAGCGAAAGCUCGAAAAGAUCGACGAAGAUAUAUCCGACUACCAGGAGUCCGUCCAUAAUGUCGAGAAUGAGGUCUUUGCCGAUUUCUGCCAACAGCAUGGGUUUGAUGACAUUCGAGACUACGAAGCCCGCCAAGGCUCACUGCAACAAGAAGCUGCUCAGAAAAAGCUGGAAUUCGUAACUCAAAAGGGAAGACUCGAGGGCCAGCUUAGUUUUGAGAAGUCAAGACUUCAGGCUACCGAUGAUCGCCUGGAGGCGCUGAGAGAUCGAGAACAGCGAGAUAAAGAAAUUAUUGACGAGCUCAAUGAACAGCGCGAAGGCAUCCAGGACGAUCUUAGCGCCCUCAAGAAUGAACUGGACGAGUUGCAUGCACAGCUGGAUGAGCAAAAAGAGCUUCUAUCAAACGCAGCAGAUGCACUCGCAAAGCAGAAACAAGAAGUUCAAAAGCGAUCCAAGGAGAUGGAAAGCACAUUUAGAGCCAUCAGUGCACUGGAAGGUGAAAUGCAACGUCAUUCGUCUGCACGCUAUAGUCUGCUGCGCCGGUGCAAGAUCGAAAACAUCGCCAUCCCUCUCGCUGACGGCUCAGCCAGUCUCGACAGCGUCCCAAUAAAUGAUCUGCCUCUUGAAGAUGGAGACGCCAUGGAUGUGGACGAAGAUGACCCUACUUCGGCUGCUCUGAAAGCACAUAGCGUCACAGACUAUGGUAUUAUCCCGGACUUUGAUGCUCUCGAUGACGAACUCAAGGAGGAAGACAAUGAGGCAAUGGAAUCAAAGUUACUUGACGACAUUGCCAAGUUGAACGCUACCUUGGAAAAGAUGCAACCCAAUGCCCAUGCUGCCCAACGUUUGGCCACUGUCGAAGCCCGUGCUCGUGAUACCGAACAGGAAUACGAAGAAUCGCGCGCCCACUAUCGGGAGGUCAAGGCUCAAUUUGAGGAAACCAUGCAAAAGCGCAAUGAAUUGUUCCACAGAGCCUUCUCGCAUAUCUCCGAGCAGAUUGAGCCGAUCUACUCCAAUCUGACCAAGUCCGAGGAGUUCCCUGCCGGCGGCCGAGCAUAUCUCACCGCAGAUGAAGAUGAACCAUAUCUUGCUGGAGUCAACUACCAUACUAUGCCACCAACCAAGAGAUUCCGAGACAUGGAGCACUUGUCCGGAGGAGAAAAGACCAUGGCUGCUCUUGCACUGCUAUUUGCGAUACACAGCUACCAGCCAAGCCCCUUCUUCGUCCUCGACGAAGUCGACGCCGCCCUGGACAAUGCCAACGUUGGCAAGCUGGUCAAUUACGUACGAAAUCAUGCUGGGCCCGGAAUGCAGUUUAUUGUCAUCAGUUUGAAAACUGGCUUCUUCCAGGGUAGUGAAGCACUCGUGGGUGUAUACAGAGACCAGAGCGCCAACAGCUCGAAAACCUUGACGCUUGAUUUGCGCAAGUAUUCGUGA